AAAGUGUGUCAUCACCGUGCGUCAGCUACUCGGCGUGCCCCGGAAGCGAAUGGCCACGUGGUCGUGGGUCAUAUCAACAAUCCUCAUGGAGAUGCAUGUGUUUGAGGUAUUUAUGUGUUUAAAAUAGGCUAGAGUUCAUCCUGUACGUUACGGUUUUGUUGUUUUGUUGUUGUUUUUAAAGCAUCCGUCGUUCAAUAAGUUAGCUGAGUGUCUGUGUUUGUUGGACCAAGGAUAGGCGGGUGGGUUUGACGUUAUCAAGCUCAUAGUACAUAUAGUGUGAGUCUACUUUUUUUUAGAGAUGAAGGGCAAAUGGAAGCAGAGCAACAACAACAAGAAGAAGAAGGGGAAUGUGGUGUUACAGAAGUACAUUGUGGCAAUGGAUGAGUUUAUUAAAAGCGAGGGGGGCUCUGAAGAAGGGGAGCAGGACCAUGGCUUGAAAUUUGUGAAAAGGAAAAGUAGAAAGGAGCUGCGCAAAGAGAAGCGAAAAAUGAAAAAAGCCAAAAUGAAAAGUCAUUAUGAGGGUAAAAAGAACCUCACUUUCCCCCUCGAUGAAGGUGAAAACUCGGGAAUACCAGCUGAUGAAGAGCAGCAGCAGAAGAAGAAGCAGAAGAAGAAGAAGAAAGAAAAGACAGAAGUGUCAAAAGCAAAUUCAAAUAAGUCCAGUAGUGCUCCCUCAGAGAAAUCAAACAACUCUGAAACACCCUCAUCUUCCAAGAAAGGCAAGAAAAUCAACAAGCUUCAAGAAUCAAGAAAAAUGGCGCUUCUGGAGGCAAAUGAAGACGAGGAUAGAGAAAUAAAGAAACUAGAGCGGCAGCUGGGAUUAAACAAGAGAAAGAACAAGAAAAGUCUCCCCCAGUCCUUCGUGGCUGAUGGACUUGAUUACAUCCUUGGUAUGCUUGACUCUGGCUCGUCGGCUGUGGGGAUGUAUGAUGAUGAUGAUGAAGAUAACAUGGACGUCGCCAAGGAGAACUUUGAAAAGCUCGGUGAGAAAGACUCUCAGCUGUCGGACGAGGAACCUGGAGAUGAGAUGGCGAGUGAAGGCAGUGAUGAAGAUAUGGGUUCAUUUGAUGAUGAAAAUGAGGUGGACGACGACGACGACGACGACGAUGAUGAUGAUGAUGAAAUGGUUGAUGAGGAGGAAGCAGAGGAGGAGGAGGAAAUGGAGGAUGAGCUGAAUGAGAAUAACUCAGAUGAUGAAACUGAAGGGGAAGCAGAGGAAGAAGCAGAGGAAGAAGCAGAGGAAGAAGCAGAGGACGAUGCAGAGGAAGGUGCAGACACUGCUGACACAAAGACAUCAGACUCAAAGUCAGAAACAGUCGACUCCACAGCAGGGAAGUACGUGCCGCCUCACUUGCGAAACACUGGGGAUGAUGAACGCAAAGCGGAGCUCGAAAAACUGAAGAGGAAUGUGAAAGGUCUGGUGAACAGGCUGAGUGAGCCCAACAUGGCAUCCAUCAGUGGUCAACUGGAGGAGCUGUACAUGAGCUGCAGCAGGAAGGACAUGAAUGACACCCUAACGGAGGUGCUCCUAGCUGCCUGCGUCACCCCGGCCCUGAUGCCUGACAGACUACUGAUGGAGCACGUUCUGCUCGUCAGCGUCCUCCAUCACACCGUCGGGAUAGAGGUCGGAGCUCAUUUUCUAGAGACGGUCGUGCGCAAGUUCGACGAGGUGUACAAGAUCCCAAGUGAAAGCAAGGAGUGCGACAACCUGGUCGCCAUUGUCGGUUACCUCUAUAACUUCCAGGUGGUGCAUUCUGUCCUCAUCUUCGACAUCCUAAAACUUUUUGUUGGAGCUUUCACAGAGAAGGACGUUGAACUAGUUUUGUUUGUGCUGAGGAAUGUCGGCUUCGCCCUGAGGAAGGACGACGCUCUGGCUCUCAAGGAGCUCAUCUCUGAAGGCCAGCGCAAGGCCAGCAACGUGGGGUCAAAGUUUCACGAUCAGAACAGGGUGCGUUUCAUGCUGGAAACCAUGCUGGCUUUAAAGAACAAUGAUAUGCGGAAGAUCCCAGGCUACGAUCCUGAGCCUGUGGAGAGAUUGAAGAAGUUGCAAAGGACUCUGAUCCACCGGAGUGCAGGAGGCAGUGACAUGAAACUGAGGGUCUCUCUGGACAACCUCUUGGCAGCAGAGCAGGUGGGCCGCUGGUGGAUCGUCGGCUCCUCGUGGAGUGGGGCGCCAAUGAUCAGCGAACAAGGGAACGCAAACUCAAAACAGAGUACUGCUGAAGGACAGUUUAGUGCUAAAGUCUUGGAGCUGGCUAGGAAACAGAGGAUGAACACUGAGGUCAGAAGAAACAUCUUCUGUGUGAUCAUGACCAGUGAAGAUUACCUGGAUGCUUUUGAGAAACUCCUCAGGAUGGGCCUGAAGGACAAGCAGGAGAGAGAGAUUGUUCAUGUUUUGAUGGACUGCUGUCUGCAGGAGAAAACCUUCAAUGCCUAUUACGCCGUACUGGGAGAGAAGUUCUGCUCCCAAGAUCGGCGCUUCCAGAUGACUUUCCAGUUCAACCUAUGGGACAAGUUCAGGGAGCUGUCCAGCCUUCCCAGCAGCACCUUUAACAACCUGGUCCAGCUGGUUACCCGCUUCCUUCAGAAGAAAUGCCUCUCACUCUCCAUACUCAAAGUAAUAGAGUUUGGGGAACUAGAUAAGCCCACAGUUCGCUUCUUGCGUCAGGUGCUGACCAAACUGCUAAAGGAAACAGAGCCUGAGGACCUAGCCAGCAUAUUUGGAAGGAUUUCAGGAAUUCCCAAGCUAGGAAUGCUGCGGGAGGGCUUGAAGCUUUUCAUCAGUCACUUCCUGCUGAAGAAUGCCCAGUCACAGGGACCAGCUGAGCAAGCAGCGAUGCUGUCAGAGCGCGCCCAGGUCGCCACCAAAGCCAUGGAGGCCAAAGAGGCCAAGCUCAAACUGUAAAACACACACAACCACACACACCAGACACCCAACAGACGUACGUAACAAAACUGUGGAACAGAAGACUGCUUGUUCGUGGGAAUUGUCUCUUCAUACAAAACCCCCUUUACGGUUUUCCACAAAGAAGAAUAAAUAUGUUUUUGAUAUUAAAAUAGUGUUUUUGCUUUGGGGAGUUCUUGUACAUAAUUGUUAACAUGAAUCUUUUUACAUUUGGAACAUACUGAAUCCUCUGAAGACACACUAGUCUUAGCACUAUGUAUAUUAUUUUAAUUCAGUGCGUAUAGGUUCAGCUUUUAUUACUCUGCAAUAAUAUAAUUACAGUUUUUGUUUCAUGACAAUUUGACUUCCCAAAUGCAUUGAUCCAUGAUGGUGCUUGUACAUUUGUUAAUAAAACUGGAGCAAAAUAUGUAGGCCCUGGAGUGUAACAAAUGUUCAUUCAAUUUUGUCAUAAAAACCUCCAUAAACCAGACAAUUUACCUCAAGCUUUGAUUCCUUUGUAGAGAGAAAGAAAUCAUUUUCUCUUACAACCGCUCUCAUAUUAUUUUCUCCUGUGCCUUAAUGUUUAUUUCUGAAACCGCCCUCGUGGAGGCAGUGUGCAGCAAGAGUUAACAUUAUUGAAUUCAGACGCCUGGAACCAUUCUUUUGGGCUUUACUGAGUCUAUUUACACUGUCAGACAAAACAAAGCACAUUAUAAUAAACUCUCAGCCUUAAAUACAA